AUGACUUUUAAAUCACUGGAUCGUCGAUUGGCUCCAUUGGCUGCUGUGUUUGCAUUUCUCGGUGUUGCACUUGGUGUUUUCGCACUUACUUUAAACUACUGGACAUAUAAAGAUUCUGAUAAUGAACUUCCUAAUGACACAAAUACAAACGAUACACAAUCCAAUAGUUAUGGUUGGAAAGGUCUAUUUAAAGAGUGUGAAAGUGAUGGAGCAUGCGUUGAUAAUUUUUUGGCACGAAUAUUCAUCGUUUGUUUGUUGGGCAUUGUAUCUUUAUUGGUUGGUGGUAUAUUUUCGGUUGUUGAUAUUCCAAAAAUAACCAAUCGUCGAUUAAUUACUCCAUUAUUAAUUUUUGUUGGUUGUGUCCUAAUGACUGUUGGUUUGGCUGAUUAUGGUUCAAUAGAUUUACUUAAUUAUCAUUGUUCGCGUGCAAUGAUGGGGGCCAUUAUUUUUGCUUGUGCAGCUUUAUCUAUUUCAGGAUUUGUUGCUGGGCAAUAUUCAGCAUUAGAGCAACGUGUUUUGAUCAACAAUGAAACUCAUGAUGUACAAAAGUAUCCAAUAACCAACGGUAAUGGUCUUUGA